AUGAAUAGAAAGAUUCUUAAAAGUAAAAAGACUCUUGUCAAAUACAGCGCUAUGAAAAUAACACAACUCAAAACUGGUUUUUCAGAUGGAAAGUCCUUAGCGCUAUCGUCGUCAUUGCCAAAGUAUAGAUCCACUGGAUCCAGCAAGCAAAAGAAAAAGACAAGCAGACAAACGAGUAAUCAAGAUCCUGGAAGAGUUACGCAAUCAAAUCAAGGCACCGCCCGCUUUCUCGCUGAGGAAACCAGCAAGACACGUAGUAGAUUGUCGAGAUUGAUGGCGGCGCUAACGAAAAUUGUUGGAGAUUUUAUCAUAUCCAUUAUCAUCGGAGGGAUUUUCAUUGUUCUUCAAACCAGGGCGGUGGUGGUAACGUUUUGGAAAAUCAUUGCUAUUACUUCGUUAUAUAUGCUUGAAGCAAUGGUGUUUCUGAUGGUUGGCCAGAUCAAAUUGAUCCAGGUUUCCGUCCAGGCGCUUGGUUAUUGGUGUGGCAUUGAAUCCUCUAGUAGUGAAGCGAAUGCAAAGUCUGAUAGAACGCAAAAUGACCCUGGGGAUUUGUUGACUUUUGGGGCUUUAAAUGGAUUGUUUUGGAGCAAUUGCGGAGUGUCAAUUACUAAAGAAUUGGGACGUUUGGUGGUGGGGGAUAGUAAAUUGUUUGAUGUUGGGAGCUUGAAAGAUUGGAUUUUGAAGGAAUUCGAAAUCUUAAGACCACCAAAGUUUGAAUACAAAGUGGCAGUUGGACAAGUUGAGAGGAUCAAUAUUAUGCUGGCCAUUGAUAAACCAUUUCAGCCACCGCCCCCACCACCAAUGACAACGAGUAAUAAUAAAAGGCCUUCAUCAUUAAUUUCGGAGGAAAGACAUCCAGAUUUACCCUUAGAGGAUUCGAAUAAACAAUCAAAAGUUGGUAGAUUGAUUCAUAGGAGACCGAGGAAACCUUAUUUUUCAAGGGUUACAUCAAAUCCGCUAGGAGAGUCUGAUAGAUAUAAUAUGUGGUAUUCUUCCAAAAAUAUCAAUGGCGGAACUAUGAAAACUGAUGCAGUCGGAGAAUUUUUCAAUCCUGUUUCAAGAUCCAAGGUUACCAAUACUUUAAACUUGAUUGAAAGUUGUGGUGAUGAUUAUAAAGGGCCAUCAUCGGCAUUUUCGCCAAUUACAUUUGGCUGGGGUAAAUACAAUAACUCAGCUAUUGAGGAGCAGAAUCGGAAUCAUUUUUGA